UGGUCAUGUGGUUGUUUUGAUUUGACAACCGAGGCAAUUUGUUUGGAUUUGUUCUUUGGGAGUGGGUGUUGCUGAGUUUCUUGUGGUUGCCAAUCCAAUCGACCCUCGAACUCCGAAGCCAUCGCUCAGACCCUCUCUCCCCUCCAAGCCUCAGUCAGACAACAACCCCUCCUCCCCUUAAAAACUCAGCCAGCACCACCACCACAAUUCUACUCCACAGCCAAUUCAUCAUCUGCUUAACCAUAUCGCCAUCACCUCUCCCACACUCUCAAACUCAAAGCCAUCCCUACCAUGCCAGAACCACCAAAGAUCACUACCUCUUUGGCCGAUCGAAUCGCACGGCUCAAUGCCACCCAAGCCCACUCACUCGACCGGAACCAUGCUCAAGUUCAAGAACAGAUUGGCGAGAUCAAGUCAAAGAUUUCAAAGUAUGAGGCAACCGGUCAACACGAGGCACCCUUGAUACCCAAAGGCUCAUUCGGACUAGGUGCCCCACUUGCCAGACCCGAUCGAGGCCUAGAUCGGAUGAGAAUCGCCAGUCUGGGCGUCAGCGGUGGAACGACGGUCUCAAUUAAAUCAUCACCCAGUAACUCGCUCUCAGCCUCCACCGGCCCAACGAGAUCGGUCUCACUAGGUAGACCAGACAGCAGGAGACUCUCAAACCUCUCCUCCUCCGAUCAACACUCUCGUCAAUCAUCCCCAACUCAUUCCCCCUCCCAACCACUUCCAUCCGAACAACUUCCAACCCCACCUCAAGAAACCCAGGACCCACUGGGCGAGCAAGGAGCAGCAAGAACCAAAACCACCAAGGAAGAUCCUCAAGAUCCCUCAGAAGACCAGGAGGCCAACAAUUCAUUUGACUCAGCCGAGGCUUACGAUGGCAUCCUCGACGGCUAUCCCACCACUCCUGCCGAGGAAGACUGUCCCCCGAUGGUCACCUGUUCAAACUGUUCCCGAUCGGUAGAACUCGAGCUUCUUGGCGAUCAUGUCUGCGAACAGUCACUUCCACCCUCAAAGGCUCAGUCUCCCACCGAGCGAUCGCCAGAAGGAGCCAGACGACCACCCGCAGACGUUCCCGUUGACGCCGUCGAAUCCCCAGCACUCGUCAUCUCCCAGGACCACCCAGAAGAGCCACCCAAAGAUCAGCAACCACCCCUCUCCCCAUCCUCCUCAGUCUGCUCAUCAUCCAAGCGCACACACGAUCCCAGUACAACCAAUAAUAACACAACAACAACAACAACAAACACCCACCUGUCACCCGCCGCUGGCCCCCCAGAACCACUCCGUCCACCAACACCGGUGAUCUGCAACAAGGAGAAAGACCUUGACUCGACACACCAGUCAAACAAACAAGGCUCCCCGGAGAUCCUGAGUCCUAAGGAGCCUCAACUACAGGCUAACAACCGUCUCAGUGACUCCUCUCACUCCACUAACACCACCCGUCUCAGUACUGGCCCGAUCCCUCCUUCCUCCGCCUCGGCUGGCCGACGCAGCUGGUAUAAUGAUGACGAUGACCCCGAUUAUUAUGACAACGAAAAUGCACCUACCGGCUUCGUUACUAUCGUCAGAUCUAGUAAACGCAUCUAAUCAACCCUUCCUUCUACCCCCUCACCCCCAUCAUCAUAUCUCACAUCAAAUCAAAAGACACUUUCUUUCUUUUGCUCUCUAGCCCUUUCUUCUCAUUUGGAAAGUAUUUUUUUUUUCUAUCUCUCUUCAUCAUUUUACAAGAACAAAAAACAACCAAUCAAUCAAUCAAAUAAACCAACAUGUUUGUCAUCCCUCUUGACCUCUCUCCAAAUGGAACAACGCAGAAAGUUUGAGAAGUUUUUCCUAUUGCAUUGAGCAGUGAUCUUUUUUCCCAUUUAGUCGGUUGCGAUUCAUUGAUCAUCUUGGUUGUAUCUUUCCCAUCUUCUCUUUGUUUUCAACCUUGGUAUAAUCAAGAUACUUACUUAGAUUGAAACUUAUAAUAUAUAUAUUCAGAAAUAUGUGUGCAGUCGUAGUGUUUUUUUUUCUUCUUCCUUCUUCUUCUUCUUUAUUCAUGUGUUUAGCAUUGUCUUUCAUCAAUCAAUCAUAUCACAUCAUCCAAUUGGAUCAUUCAAUCCAUCACUCAACCAGUUUAUUCUUCAAACGUCACUGAUGAUGAGAACGACCUCCAUUAUUCAUUUUUCUUUCUGUUUUUUUUUUUUUGCAAGUGAUGUUGAAGUGCAUUCAUGGAUACAUAUAUUGAUGGAGCUGAAGUUCCAC